GCGGCUCCCGCAGCCGUUGCUAUGGCGCCGGUCGCCGCGGGGGCGGGAUGGCGGCUGCUGCUGGUGCUGGGCGCCGCCGGGCUCGCGGCCGUGGGCGCGCCCAAGCCCCCCAACAUCGUGCUCCUGCUCAUGGACGACAUGGGCUGGGGCGACCUGGGAGUAUAUGGAGAACCUUCCAGAGAGACCCCAAAUUUGGACCGGAUGGCUGCAGAAGGGAUGCUUUUCCCAAACUUCUACUCAGCCAACCCGCUGUGCUCGCCAUCACGGGCAGCGCUGCUCACUGGACGCCUGCCCAUCCGCAACGGCUUCUACACCACCAACGGGCACGCCAGGAACGCCUACACGCCGCAGGAGAUCGUGGGCGGCAUCCCGGCUGAGGAGCGCCUGCUGCCCGAGCUGCUGAAGGGGGCCGGCUACGCCAGCAAGAUCGUGGGCAAGUGGCAUCUGGGCCACAGGCCUCAGUUCCACCCCCUGAAGCACGGUUUCGACGAGUGGUUCGGGUCCCCCAACUGUCACUUUGGACCGUACGACAACAGGGCCCGGCCCAACAUCCCUGUGUACAGGGACUGGGAGAUGGUCGGCAGAUACUAUGAGGAAUUCCCGAUCAAUCUGAAGACCGGGGAAGCCAACCUGACACAGGUGUACACGCAGGAAGCGCUGGACUUCGUGCAGAGGCAGCACGCGGCUCGGCGCCCCUUCUUCCUGUACUGGGCCAUCGACGCCACUCACGCGCCCGUGUAUGCGUCUCGGCCCUUCUUGGGCACCAGCCGGCGAGGGCGGUAUGGGGACGCUGUCCGGGAGAUUGACGACAGUGUUGGGAAGAUCCUGAGCCUUCUCCGGGACCUGAGGAUCGCAGAGGACACGUUCGUUUUCUUCACCUCCGACAAUGGCGCUGCCCUCAUUUCUGCUCCUAAACAAGGCGGUAGCAACGGCCCGUUUCUGUGUGGGAAGCAGACCACGUUUGAAGGUGGGAUGCGGGAGCCCGCGAUCGCGUGGUGGCCCGGGCGCGUCCCGGCGGGCCGGGUGAGCCACCAGCUGGGCAGCAUCAUGGACCUCUUCACGACCAGCCUGUCCCUCGCGGGCCUGGCUCCGCCCAGCGACAGGGUGAUCGACGGCCUGGACCUGCUCCCUGCCAUGCUGUGGGGCCAGCUGACAGACAGGCCAAUAUUCUAUUACCGCGGCAACACGCUGAUGGCGGUCACCCUCGGCCAGUACAAGGCCCACUUCUGGACCUGGACCAAUUCUUGGGAGGAGUUCAGACAGGGCAUCGAUUUCUGCCCCGGGCAGAACGUCUCAGGAGUCACCACCCACACGCAGGAGGACCACACGGAGCUGCCCCUGGUCUUCCACCUGGGACGAGACCCCGGGGAGAGGUUCCCCCUCAGCUUUGCCAGCCCCGAGUACCUGCGUGCCCUGCGCGGGGUCACGCUGGCCGUCCGGCAGCACCAGGAGACCUUGGUCCCUGGACAGCCCCAGCUCAACGUGUGCAACCAGGCUGUCAUGAACUGGGCGCCCCCGGGCUGUGAAAAGUUAGGGAAGUGCUUGACGCCCCCGGAGUCCGUCCCAGAGAAGUGCUCCUGGCCCCACUAGUGCCUGUGGCUAGGAAGACUCUGGCCUUAGGGCUCCCUGCUGGACGAACCCUGAGCCCCGGCUGCCCUCAGGCCGUGCCCACACGGACAGACCUCAUCUGCAGCCGGCAGUGGGAUCUGCUGGCUCCACGUGCUGGAGACCCAGCCCUGGCGUCCCUCAGCUCCUGGUCGGGCUGACCCUGCCGCAAGGACCCACAGCCUCACAGCCCGAGAGCCGGAUGCUGCCCUCCGACCUCCUUCUGCCGGCCUCCUCCAGGGCCCUGCCUCCAUCCAGCGAUCCAGAGGACAGGGCUGCGACCUGAAUCUCACCGUCACAGUUGGCCUCGCCAGUCCUGUGUUGGCCCCUUGGCCCCUGCACCCCGCUGAGUGGAAUUGUGAAGGCGGAAGGGGAUCCUGACAACCGCCAAGGAAGGCCUCCCUGGUCUAGUGGGGACCUUGACCUUCCCCCUUCCUUAGGGAUCCUGACCCCAGGACCCUGUGGCGAGUCGGUGCCUCUCAGCUGCCCUGCCAACCCUCCUCCCCGGGGCUCCUAGUUGCCUGGCGCGGGGAGCCUGAGCCAGCCGGUGUAGACGCCAACCGUACUGCGCCGCUGUAAGACUUGGGAAAUGACGAAGAGGAGUUUUAGAAUAAAGGAGCGGGCACUUGG